AUAUUAAAUAAUUUUUUUUUAAUUAUUUUUAGUUAAAGUUUAAGUAUAUAACUUAAUUAUUAGGUACUUACAUUAGGACACUUAAAUGUAACCUGAUUAAGUACUAAAACACCACCUGUCACAUCACCAUCAACACUUGCACUCAGAAGAAUUUUUACAUAUUAAUAAAAGUCACAAUACAUAAUAUAAGGAAGAAUGUCACAGUUAUCAGAAAUACUGUCCAUACAGAGAAGUCUUGAGGAGAGUUUCAAUCAGAAGAUGGACCAACUCGGAGCACAAAUUCAGGCUGCAGGACCUGCCAAGGAAACUGUAGCUAAAAUUGCUGAAGAGUUCCGGACCUUCAGGGAGCUUAUCUUCAACGUGUUGGGUUUGCUCAGAAAGCAGAUCGCCGAGUGUGUGCUGCAUAUUGAUGGGUUGGAGAUGAGGCACCGGCGAAAGGCAUUGAUUUUCCAAGGGCUUCCUGAGGAAGAGAAAGAGGACUGCUCUUCCAUGGUCCUUGGUGUCCUCAGCAGCAAAUUGGGUCUGAAGGACAUAACAGCGGCCAGUAUAAAAGUUGCCCACCGUCUUGGCAGUCCUAGUAAGGAUCAUGCACGGCCCAUUCUGGUGAGGUUUUCUUCUUCAGAUGUCAAGUCGACUGUUUGGAAGACUAAGACUAGGUUGAGAGGCACCAAAAUCUCAGUCAAGGAGUUCCUGACGAAAACCAGGCAGUCCAUCUUCGCGAAGGCACGACUGCACUUCGGUAUGCGUGCGUGUUGGACGCAGGAUGGCGUGAUCGUCAUUAAGGCAUCGGAUGGCAGUCGCCACAGGAUUGUGUCGAUGGACGAGCUAAAGCCUCUCCUGGAGAAGUACCCUUCGAAAUCGAAUGCUGCAUAACGUCUUGAGAUACCCUGGAAAUAAAUCUAUUAUUGGUAUGUGACUGACAUUUUUAGUAUUAGAAACAAACCAUAAUUAUAUUUAUAACUGUACUUACUCAAUGUUUAUAUCUAUUGUCUUUAUAUUU